AUGGCUACAGGGGAUAAAGAACAAGAUGAAAAGGAAAAACGAUUGAUUCAAACAGUCAAGGAGAAAUUGGAAGAGGAGAGGAGGUUAAAACAAGAUAAACUUCAGAUGGAAGAAAGAGAGAGGCAAGAACAAGAAGAGCAAAGGAAACGAGAGGUGCAGAGAAUGGCUGCUCUUCGAGCACAACAAGAUGCCCAAUCUUAUCUCAUGACACCUCCGCCUGCACAAACCCGCCGGCCUGCAACUGACGAGAACUACGACAUCAGCGACUUACGUAGUGACGAAUCGACAGACGACGAAGGCGCUCCUCGUAAGAAGGUCCCAAGCUGGGCUCAGGGAAUUACCUUGAAGUCUGCCUUACUACGCCAAGAAGAACCGCGAAAAGUUUUCGAGGCGCUCAUUUCAGGCUUCGUACCCCACGCUCCAGAUCUGGAUAAGAUAUUCGUGAAGAAACGAAAACGCUUCUAUCAGCGAACGAGCUCGGCUCAUUGGGGCACCCCACCUUUGAGAUCAACUUGUUCGUAG